AUGAAGAUUCGCUUUGCUCCAGGUAGAGGACAAAGGAGUUACAAGGGUUACGUAGCUCUUUUUGUUUGUUACGUAACCAGAGCUAUUCAUCUGGAGUUAGUAUCAUACUAUACUUCUCAGGCCUUCUUAUCAGCCUACAAGCGUUUCAUAGCGUCUAGAGGAAUACCUGCUCAUUUUUACAGCGAUAAUGGUGCCACCUUUCAAGUUGCUGAUAGAGAAUUAAGAGAAAACGCGGCUCAAUUACGUCGAGAUCUGCAUCUUACUAAUUUUUUAUCGGUCGUGGGAACUACAUGGCAUUUUAUUCCACCCGCCGCCCCUAACUUUGCCGGUCUUUGGGAAGCAGUGGUGAAAAGUCUAACACAUCAUUUACGUAGAUGUGUUGGAUCACAUACUUUAACGUUUGAGGAGUUCUCUACCACUUUAUCUCAAAUCGAAGCUUACCUUAACUCGAGACCUAUUGGACCACAUUCUGAAGAGCCCAAUGAUUUUUCUUAUCUCACCCCAGGGCAUUUUUUGAUAGAAGCUCCACUCACGAGUCCUUCAGAUCCUUCUGUAGAAUUCAUACCCGAAAAUAGACUGAAAAGAUGGCAAAUCGUUCAGCGAUUGGAGAUUCAAGGAAUUCAGGGAUUAAUUUUCAAGACUAUUUCUGAGGGCGGAUCGGGAGACUGCUGUGGCGUAGAAAACUGUGGUGUACUAAUUUCAAGUAAUAUAUGGGUAUCGAGUCGAACGGAGAAUACUUUAAGCAAAUGGAAAAUGUAUGAAGUUCAUACUACCUUGAAAAACGGUGAAGUGGUCGAGAAUUGUGACGUCAUAUUUCUCGCAGUAAAACCUCAUCUAUUGGACAGUAUGGUGCAGGAUACAGUCAAUACUUUAACACAAACUGCAACUAGCAAACUUUUUAUAUCUGUACUUGCUGGAGUUCCUUUAGACACUUUAAUGAAUACGCUCCUCUGCAUCUCACCAAAUCCCAGAAUAGUCAGGUCGAUGCCAAAUACUCCAAUGAUGGUUGGUGAAGGCAUAAUAGUGUAUUGUUUGAAAAAUACGACUGUUGCUGACCAAGAUCUGGUAAACACGUUAUUUUCAUACACUGGGAUAACUCAAUGUGUGCCGGAGUCACUUAUCAAUGCAAUUAGCGGUUUAUCUGGCUCAGGCCCUGCUUACGUAUAUCUGAUGAUCGAAGCUUUUGCGGAUGGAGCUGUUAAGAUGGGUGUACCUCGGGAAAUGGCUACGAAAUUUGCUGCUCAGGUAAUGAUAGGCGCAGGAAAGAUGGUACUCCACAGUGGAAAACAUCCUGGACAAUUGAAAGAUGAAGUUUGUUCUCCUGGUGGCACCACUAUAGAGGGAAUCCAUGCAUUAGAACGUGGGUCAGUCAGAUGUGCUCUCGUGAAUGCUAUCGAAGCUGCCGUGAAGAAAUCGGAUACUUUGUCUUCAAAAAAAUAAUAUCAUAACUGUAUUUAAGGUAAUUUGUUUAUUGACUUACGAUACGCCAAUAAGAAAAAAAUGUCGUUGAAUGUAUAAAUUUUGAUCAAAAAGAUCAAGCUCAUAAAAAAUGUAAAUGAGGAUUAUUAAGGAGAAGGGCAUUAAAGGGAAAAAAAUCAAUCUCAGUGAAGUAAUGAAAAUCGGCCGUUUAAA